AUGUCAAAACGUACAACUUUCACCACAAUCUCCCCUCUACCCCCCGGCAUCAGUCGCGAUGCCGUCCUCGCCUUCCUACACAACCACAUGGAGAUGAUUGACCUGAACCCCCUCAUCAAAGAGCGUCACCUCAUCACCGCCCCCGCCAACGCCCCUCCCGAAGAGCACGCAUGCGCCUGGUACUCCCUCACCGAUGAAAUCUCCUACCUGCCCGGCGGCCUGGCCACGGGCAACGUCAGCUACACCUGCUGCUUCCACGACCUACCCACCGGCCUGCAGACCCACUGCUACGCGCCCAUGGGCCUCGAGAUCCGCGACAAGUGGACCGUCGCCGGCUCCCUGCCCGGAGAACCCGUCGAGCCCGUCGAGCUCGGCAUCGGCGCCCCGCUGACGGGCCUCUACAUCCGCGAAGACGUCGACAUGCGCUGCAACGUCUUCACCACUUCGUUUGUUAAAAAGACGCUGAAAAAGAGCCACGGUCUGCUGGUCGACCGUCUC